AUGGAUGUGGUAUGGCUGAAACGUGAUGUUAGACUACAGGACCAUGGUCCACUAUCUCAUGCGGCUAGAACCAAAAACCCAGUCAUUCUGCUCUUUUUAUAUGAACCAGACCAGCUCGUAGAACCAACUGUGCAUGGAUCUCAUUUGUUAUUUGUCCACGAAGGAUUGGUGGACUUGGAACGGCAGCUAUUACUGCAACAACACCACGAGGAGGAAAAGACGACAAUCGAUUCUUUUCAAUAUAUUACAAUUUCACACUGCUCCGCAAUCGAUGCCUUUCAAUUCAUUCACCGCAAGUAUACCAUCCAUCGAUUGCUUGCCCAUCAAGAAACAGGUCACUGGCAAUCCUUUAUGCGAGACAAGCAAGUUCGAAAGUUUUGUCGCUCCAAUUCAAUCCCUUUCACCGAGUUCAAUCAGACGGGAGUGACGCGAUGCCUCAAGUCGAGGGAUGAUUUCAGUGCCAAGUUCCAAGCAUUUAUUUCUCAACCACAGCAUUCGACACCAGACAUGCCUAUGCUUUGCCAACAAAUCGUCCAAAUGAAGGAUAUUCCUGGAUUCAUGCCCAACUUGACGCUACCACUAGACCAAUUUUCAGAAAUUCCAAAUUCACACCGCCAAGAUAGACCAGACAGACAACAGAAAGGGGGGCUGACAAAGGCUUGUGCGACACUCGAUUCCUUUUUAUCGGAGCGUGGAUCCAAGUUCUCUCAAGGGAUCUCUUCGCCCAAUACGGCAUGGACGACAUGCAGUCGGUUGUCCCCCUAUUUGGCCUGGGGACAUAUAUCCCAUCGACAUGUCGUACACGCUCUGAAGCAACGGCAAGAGCAGCUUCGGAAAAUGAAUCAACAGGGGCGGAAUAUUGGGACUUGGUUGAAAGGGUUGCAAGCAUUUUCGUCCAGGGUUCAUUGGAGGUCACAUUUUAUUCAGAAACUUGAAUCCGAGCCCACAAUGGAGAAAAGGGAUUUGUGUCCAGCAUACCAAGAUUUGAGGAGAAGGAAUGGUGAUUGGAAUGAAGAAUACUACCAGGCGUGGGCACAGGGAAAGACUGGUUUCCCCUUUGUCGACGCUUGCAUGAGGUGCUUAUUACAACAUGGUUGGCUGAACUUCCGCAUGCGAGCAAUGCUGGUUUCGUUUGCCACCUAUAAUCUCUGGCUCGAUUGGAAAAAGCUUGCGCCACACUUGGCCCGAGUCUUUUUGGAUUAUGAACCGGGGAUACAUUAUCCGCAGUUGCAAAUGCAAUCGGGGACCACAGGUAUCAAUGCAAUGCGAGUAUACAAUACUACUAAACAAGGGAAGGAUCAUGAUACAGAAGGAAACUUCAUUCGGCGCUAUGUUACUGAAUUGAGAAAGGUUCCUACAGAGUAUAUUCAUGAGCCUUCCAAGAUGCCGCUGUCUCUUCAACAACAAUGCAAUGUGGUAGUAGGUCGGGACUAUCCCAAACCUAUUGUCCAUGAGCAAGAAUCAGCCAAGGUUGCGAAGAAAAAGGUUGCUGACGUGAAGCGCCAAAGUGAAACCAGAUCUAUGGCAAAUCAAGUAUACAUGAAGCAUGGAAGCAGAAGUCGUGGAAGAGAAGAAAUGGAGGGUCGGAAACCAAAGGCGCUUUCGAGUUUUGUGGAAAGAGACGACCCCUCCAAUCAACCCACAAUCACUACUGUGUUUGAGCGAAGCAUGCUUAAGCAACAAGUUUCGUUUGAAGGUUGGAAACAAGUAUCCCUGGCUGGUUCGACCACUGUUUGCGAAGACGGUGCUAAUGCCAGCGAGAAUAGGAGCAAGAGCAUUGCGAGUGACGAAGAAAUGGCAACCAAUGCAGUGGACAAUUCAAUCAAGAGACAUUUCAUUUCAAUGAAUGGCUCCGAACAGACUGGCGCAAAGCGUCAGAAGCCAAAUCCAACAAAGACGUCUUCUUGGACGUGCAGGGCAUGUACGUUUUUGAACGACAAGCCUCUCGGACUGGUCUGUUCAAUGUGUUCGACUAUGAGACACAAGGGAUUGUGUUGA